AUGUACCUUGGCGAUGGAAUCCACGCCAAAGCAACAUCCAUCAACGCAUCACGCUUCCCCGUCUCAGCCCGCGAGGCCUACUUCCGCUCAUCAUCCUACUAUCGAGUCGCACCCUUCUUCCUCCACGCAAAUCAAAGCGAUCCCCGAAUCAACAAGGUCGGAGCACGCUCUGUAUCAGAUUUCAACAAAGCAGCCGCACUCCUCUCGAUCCCUCCCGUGAACCUGAACCUACCAGCCUCAAGCCCCAAUGUCCCGAACGGGAAAUUCUCCGUCCCAGCCCGAUUCUUCAAGGCACAGCGCGGUCACGAAAGAGUACCCACCAUCAUCAUCGGAACUGGCUACGACGGCUCACAAGAGGAUUUAUACCACGAGAUGGGCAUCGAAGUCCUGGCCCGUGGCUGGAAUGUAAUUACCUACGAGGGACCCGGUCAACCCACAGUUCUGCGGACGCAGAAAAUCGGCUUCAUACCAGACUGGUGGAACGUGAUUUCUCCAAUUGUAGAUUACCUCGAAACACGCGAUGACGUCGAUCUAGACCGCGUUGCGCUCGUGGGUAUCUCCUUUGGCGGUCAAUUGGCACCGCUGGCUGCUACGAGGGAACAUCGACUGAAAGCCGUGUUGGCGAUUGAUGGGAUGAACGAUCUAUACGGACACUUCAAGGAUGAAAUGCCGGAUAGUCUCACCGAUCUUUAUGACCAAGGCCAUUAUGAGAAAUUCGAUGAGGAGUUCUCAGAGGUUGAGUCAUCUGGAGCUACCUAUCUGCGCUGGGCUAUUGCUCAGUCGCUUUUCAGCUUCAACACGACAAGUGCGUCUGAGUGGUGGGGGCGUUUGCCGGAAUUCACGCUCAAUUCUACCAUGUUGAAAAACAUCUCUUGCCCUGUUUUUAUUGGGGAAGGGGAGAAUGAUAGUUCUGCGCCAGGACAGCCGGAGUUCAUGGCUAAGGCUAUUGGAAAGAAGGCUACUUAUAAUCUUUUCAAGAAUGAUCUUGGCGCUGGUGAGCAUUGUCAACUUGGGGCGGAGUUUCAGUUGGCUCAGGUUACACUAGAUUGGCUGGGUGAGACUUGGGAUCACGUUUCGAUGCCGAGGAACCUUACCAAUGUUGUCUAUUGA